AUGGACGACAGAUGGGUGCACAACAAAACCAACACCGCCUACAUUUCGCAACGGAACCUUCUCUCCACGAAUGACGAGUGUACCGUAGUUCAUCUGUCGUACGUCGCUCCUUCUGCACUUGGUCUCCUGCAGAGCAAUCACGUGAAAUUUGAUACGCUCUGCAGCUCCGAGAAGGGCAUGCAGCAGUAUCAACCUAUUAGUAUCAUCAACUGCUACUCACCAACAUCAGCAGCUGAUGAUUCCGAAUUGGACGUGUUUUACGAGGAGCUGGAGGAAGUAAUCCGCAAAGAGAAGUCCUUCUACAAAUUCGUUGUCGGAGACUUCAACGCAAAACUAGCAAAGGCCAUAGAAGAGGAAUACAGGAUUAGAAGAUUUGGACUAGGGAACCAGAAUGGAAAUGGCAAUCGUCUCGCUGGACUGUUGUCCGCCGCUCGCCUCUUUUAUGGGAACUCUCUUUUCAUGAAAAAAGAUCAUCGUCGGUGGACAUGGGAAUCGCCCAAUGGCGCGACUCGUGCGGAGAUCGACCACAUACUCACCAACCGGAGGUGGUGUCAACUUGACGUCUCAGUAGUACCAUCCUUUUGUAGUGGUCCUGGUCACCGUCUCCUUCGUGCGAAAAUACGACUUAGCCACACGAUGGAAAAGAAAAUCUGCUAUCGGCAACGAAGAAGGAAAGCAGUCGUCUGCGACGAUUGCGUACUCGAGGACUCCUUGUCCCAAGGUGACUGGCACAUCGAGGAGGACCCAAACGUGGACUACAAGAUGCUGCUCAGAACAUUAGGAACCUGUGCUGAGCAUGCGUCAAUGCCGCGCACGACAACUUGGAUCGAAUUUCGAAGACCACCAAGGAAUUGUUGGAAAGAAGAAGGGCUUUGA